UUACUUGUCAUCUCCUUUGCCAGUGGAUUUGAGGAGGACAUCCAGAUGAGCGUAUUGGAAAUGGGUCGUCUUCUACAAGGCUGUAAAGAGCCGACUCACAGCGGCGGUGUUGAACAAAUGGAAUCUGAUUGCGAGAACUGUUUGCGUCCGCUCAUGGACUACUUCGAGUUAGUGCUCUCAGCUCAGGCCAGUUCGUGCGAAAAGACCGUACUCAAACGCCUGCUCAAGGAGCUUUGGCGCAUUACCAUGGAGAAUACGGAGAAGCUGGUCGUAUUGCCAGGUGUUGCAGGCACCAAGCAGGUGAGCACCACCUACCUCUCCCUUCUCUCCAACACCACGUAUCUUCCACUUCCUGAGAACCUACAUGACUCGUCUUCUCGCCUUUCUACCUUUCUAGCGUGA